AUGAAGUCUGAAAUCUUCAUCGCCUUCACUGCCGCUGGCGCGGCUGUGAACUCCGUCACGGCCUUGUCCUUCCCUCGCGCCGCUGAGGGCCAGGGAUUCAUCGCCAUGCCAGUCAGACAGGUUAGACCCGACUACAGUCACCUGAGCAAGCGAGAGGCCAUCGAGGUCACCCUCAAGAAUCAGCAGUUUUACUACUCGACUGACAUCUCGAUCGGCACUCCUGCCCAGCAGGUCACUAUCCUGCUCGAUACCGGCUCCUCUGAGCUCUGGGUCAACCCGGACUGUUCCACCGCUCCUUCUGCCGCCCAGGCCAAGGAGUGCAGCAGCGCUGGCAUGUACAACCCGUCCAAGAGUCGCACUCCGGUCGUUGGCCCCAUUGGAGCUCGAAGACUCUUCUACGGAGACGCUUCGGACCCCAACACUCAGACUAGCGCCGAGAUCGCUUACUACGUUGACACCAUCACUAUGGGCGCUGGUGCCAUUGUCAACCAGACCUUUGGCGUUGUCACCAAGAGCGAUGGUAUCUCUACCGGCAUCAUGGGCCUGGCUCCCGAUCUCAAGGCUGGCUACGAAAAGGGCAAGCCCUACAGUCUGAUCCUCAACACCUUGGCUGAUCAGGACGUCAUCGGUAGCCGUGCCUUUUCGCUUGAUCUCCGUCACGCUACUUCUGACUCUGGAGCGCUCAUCUACGGCGGUCUCGACAAGGGCAAGUUCAUCGGAGAGCUUCUGCAGGUCCCCAUGGUUAAUGGCAUGAAAGGCGAGCCUCGUCUCGCAGCUGAGCUUUCCUCUGUCGGUAUGACUCUGCCCAACCAACCUACCAAGUUUUACGACAUCAGCGCGGCCGACACGAACGUUAUGCUCGAUUCGGGUACUACUCUGACGCGCCUUCAUCCUGCCCUCGCGCGUCCCAUCCUCGCGGACCUCAAGGCAGUGAGCGACAACAACGGUUACUGGAUCGCCGACUGCUCCUAUCGCACCCCGAGCCUCGCCAACGGCGGCAGCGACUCCUACAUGAGCUUCACCUUUGGCAAGAAGACGAUCCGCGUGCCCUUCAGCGACUUCAUGCUCGACAUGGGCCCCUCUGAUGGCCAGUGCUACGUCGGUCUCGUCGUCACCACCGACCAGCAGAUCCUCGGCGACAGCAUGAUGCAGGCCGGCUACUUCGUCUUCGACUGGGACAACAAGGCGAUCCACAUGGCUCAGGCCGCUAACUGCGGCAAGGAGGAGAUCAUCGCCAUCACCAACGGCGAGAACGCCGUCCCCAGCGGCAUCGUUGGACUCUGCAACGGACCCGCCACCCCGGACGGCAGCGUCGCGCCCGCGCCUGGUGCAGUGAGUUCUGCAGCUCCUUCUUCUUCUGCUACUACCACUUCCCCGUGGCUGUUCCCCGACGCGCCGACUGGCUCGACUUACACAAACCCCCCCAUUCCGACCCCGAUGAUUUUGACUCUCUCUGAUUACGACUCAUUGACGUCCUCCAUUCAGUCGUCCCCCUCCGCGACCGGUAACACGAUGCCCGCUUCAUCCCCUACCUCCACUGCGGCCACUGGCAGCGGUGGCUCCCCGACGACUACUGGCACGACGACCGCUGCCUCGACCGCGAACGAGCCUUCUUCAUCGAGCUCUUCCGAUUCUCACAAUGCCGCCUCGUCCCUUUUGGGCAGCGACCAGGUCUUCAUGGGCUUGUUCAUGAGCAUCUUGGCCAUCUUGGUCACCGCGGCUGCGUUCUAA